AAUGUAAAAGAAAAAGAAUAAGUGAAUGAGAACUUGAACUCUUCUUUUCCUUUAUGGGUACUCAGCAACAGUGGGCUGGCACAUCUUUAUCUUCUUGAUAACCAUUUCCAUGGAUCAAUUCCUGAUUCUUUAGGAACUUUAACUUCUCUUGUAGAAAUCGAUCUCUCUGUAAACAGUUUUAGUGGUUUGAUUCCGGAGUCGAUUGGAAGAUUGGUUUCUCUUUCUUCACUUGAUCUAUCAAUUAAUGUAUUUCAAGGUCUUCUUCCAGAGUAUGGGAAGGUUGUCAUCUCUUACGGAUCUUGAUGUUUCUGAUAAUAAUUUCCAAGGCUUGAUCCCUCAUUCUAUUAGCAAUCUCGCGAAACUUACCGUCCUCUAUAUGUCAUCAAAUGAAUUAAGGGGUGAUCUACCAGAAGAGGUUUGCCAACUGUCAAACUUAGAAUACAUGUCUCUGGGUGAUAAUCAAAUGAGUGGAAGCAUUCAUGGGAGGGUUUUGUAACAGAUCACUUUGUUAACCUCACGAAGCUCUUUGACUUGUCUAUUUAUUCAAAGUCUAACCUGGCGUUAGAUGUUAGUACUCAUUGGGUCCCUCCAUUUCAGCUCAAAUAUAUAUACUUUAAAUCCUUGAAAGCGGGUCCAAAAUUUCCCCACUGGCUCUUAACACAAAGACAUAUUUUUCAAAUUUGGAUGAAAAAUAUGAGUAUAUCAGAUACCAUCCCAGCAGAUUGGUUUGCAAGUCUCUUAUUUUUGGGAGUGAAUUCCUGUGCUGCAGUGGAGGAGGAGGACGCUGUGAAGUUCUGGUUACCUGUUUAAAAAAUAUUAUUUCUAGUAAAUUUUGUGUGUACUUUCAUGUCCCUAUGCUCUGUUUCUAAUUGAUAUCACCAGAAAGACAAGAUGAUAUAAUCGAUAAGGGGUUGUAUAUCCCAUUUUGUUGCAUACAUAUUCGCUGUUGAUAUUAAGUGAUUCUUGCUACCUGUUGAUGACUACUUGUGCAAUGUUGUUUGGAGAAGGUUCGGAAAAGCAAGUGUUUUUUGUAUAUAUCCGAGUUAUCAUCUUUUACACCUAAUGUGUUUGAUGCUGCCUUCAGCAGUUAAAUUGUUUUGUGUGUACAUCAACUUGUCAAGGUGUGUGUAUUAGAUAGCAUAAACAAGUAGUCCUUAUUUGUAUGAUACCAAAACACUUAAAUAGAUAUACAUUAGCUUGUAGAUAAUUAUCAUUAGUUGUAAUUUCUACUUAUCAUGUUGUUGAUUUAUUCUUAUCAUGUAAUCUCUAUCUUUCUAUAAAUAGUGAAAAUCAAAGCCAUCUCAGCAAGUUGCUUGAGAUACAAAGCAUAUGAUAUUUUACAUGGUAUCAGGCUAGCCAGGUUUUAUUCAUAUUUUUCCAUGGCUCCCGAAAUUCCUGUUGUCAUUCCUACUUCCGAUGUCAUCACUUCCGCUGAUACUACAACGAGUAUUGAAAUUCUGGUCAAUCUUCCGGAUCAAUCUAAAACAAAUAAUCCUUAUUUUAUCCAUCAUUCUGAUAGUCCAACAGCUGUGUUCUUUACACCAGCUUUGCAAGGGGAUAACUAUGCAUCUUGGGCGUGUGGAAUCUCAAAGGCCCUUAAUGCCAAGGGAAAGCUUGGAUUUAUCGACGGAACAUUGCUUCCACCUUCUGAUCCUGCAGAAAGGGCUUGCUGGAAACGCUGCGAUGAUCUUGUCGGCAGCUGGAUACUCAAUUCUGUUCAUGACAGCAUUCGUCGUAGCUGCAUGUUUUCUGAUUCAGCAUUUGCAAUCUGGAAUGAUCUCAAAUUAAGGUUUUCUCAUUCCAAUGCACCUAAAAUAUAUCAACUUAAAUCUGCUAUUUCAGCCCUCAAACAAGAGAAUCUAGAUGUGAUUUCUUAUUUUACUCGUCUUAAAACUCUCUGGGAUGAACUCGACUUCAUCGUACCAACUGAGCCUUGUAUUUGUGGGGCAAGCAAAGUGUUUAUGGAGAAACAUGACAGAGACAGGGCAAUGGAAUUUUUACAAGGCCUCAAUGAUCGAUUUGCUUCUCUCCGUAGUCGGGUUUUAUUGAUGGAUCCUUUACCAUCAGUUCAACGUAUUUUUUUAAUUUGGUCAAACAAGAGGAAGCACAACAAAUUAUCAUCUCAACUUUCACUGCAUCUGGUUCUGUUGAGUCUGCAGCUCUUCAAGUACAACGUUCUGAUUCUCGUAACUUUCGUCCUGCAAACAAACGAGUUCGGCCCUUUUGCGAUCAUUGUAACAAGCAUGGUCAUACUCGGCAGACUUGUUAUCAGCUUCAUGGCUACCCGGCAAAGCGUGCUGACACACCAUCUUCUCAGCCGCAAGUUGCCGCUGUUACCUCUACACCAAGUCCAGGUCCCUCGCUUACACAAGAUCAGUAUGCACGGCUCCUUGCUCUUAUCACACCACCAGCUGACACUGGCGAUGACACACCAAGAGUUAACCUAACUGGACCAACACACGAACUCGGUGAUUGGUAGAGGUUAUCGUCAAGGUGGUCUAUAUCAACUUAGUCUUCCUUCCCAAGUUUGUUUUAUCAAUAAAUUGCCUGCAGAUGUUUGGCAUUGCCGUUUAGGCCACCCUAGCUUAGACAAUUUUAAAUAUUUAUGUCAGUCUGUUGACUAUAUUAGUUCUAGAUUUUCUUUUCACUGCGAUCUAUGCCCACGGGCUAAAC